GCUUGCAGCGUCGCGAAGCAUAAAAUCUAUAUGUUAUUUGUUGGUUUCUCCGGAUAUGAGGUUCGACCCAUCCUAUAUGAAAAAUCUGGCUUCGAAUGUGUACCAAAUAUAAACUGUGAAAUUCUGUCGCUGAAUUAAUGAUUCCAUCCAACCAAAACGCAACUGCCAUACUUGUGGCCAUUAUCUGUAUCUCUAAGUAACUUGCCGCAGGCAGUUAGCUAUGCUGUUGUUUGCUGGCGUAUGCCAGUAGGUGGUACAAUAUACAUGUGCAAACAGUGCCAUCUAUAGUAAAUUUGAAGAUGGUGGCCGUUGGAAGAAGAUUUUAUUAGUUAACUUAUGAAAAUUUUGCCUUCAGUUUUCCAUUAUUUUACAAAACAGAAGUGAUUUGUGGUUUGUUACAUUAUAUACUAUUAUAAAAUGAUAAUCCAGGAACCCGUUCAGGCAGCUAUAUGGCAUUGCCUGAAUCAUUAUGCUUAUCCUGACGCAAUAUUUCUUGCUGAACGCCUGUACGCCGAGGUGGACUCAGAUGAUGCAUUGUUCUUGCUUGCCACCUGCUACUAUCGAUCGGGAAAGCCAGGGCAGGCAUAUUCUAUUCUGCGUAACAAGGCAACCAGUUCAGCACAGUGCAAAUACCUCUUGGCCAAGUGCUGUCUGGACCUGCAUAAGUUCAGUGAAGCAGAAUCAGUUCUUACAGGUGGUGACACAGCUCGAUCACGAAGCUUUGAUGAGUUGGUGUCUGAGUUUGGUGAUCAGGCCUGCUUUGCACUACAGAUCCUCGCUCGCAUCUGCUCGCAAAGUGAGAGAUGCAGCAAGGCAGCAGAAGCAUGUGUGAAAGCUCUGAAGUUAAAUCCUUUCCUGUGGAAUUCGUUUGAGGAACUGUGUAACCGUGGCGAGAAACCGGAUCCUUUUCGGACAUUCCAAGUGUCACACUUAGAGAACUUCACAAUGUGUCAUGGGAAUAAUCCAAUGGUGAAUUUUGUGAAUAAUUUUGAACACAAUAGCUGCAAUAACAUCACUAACAGCAGUGCAACCAACAAUGAAGCAACAGUUUUAAACACUAUUAGCAGCACACCAGUCCAGCUUCUCAACUGCUUUAACACAGCACCAUCAAGUGUUCGGGUGUUCACUCCAGAAGAGAGUCCUUUAGCCAAUCCCUUGAAUGCUGGUCAUUCCAGCAUCGCUCCCCUGCCUUCUCCAAGGGGAAAACCUCUUCGUUUCCGUAGCAUAUUUUCUGGUGGUAUUAGUCCUUUGACACCAAGUUUUGGAGUUCUGCCACUGGAUAGUCCAAGUUUUUGUGACUCUCUUCAGAUGGCUUACCUAUCACCUACACUUGUGCCAUCAACGACACUGACAGAGGCCAAUGACCAGAAGAGUCUCGCUAAGCGGGUGAGCAGUCUACGCGCUCAUGUAGGGCAAUUAAUUAGUCGUAAGGAAACACCUCUACAACAAAGUAAACCAGUAUUCAGCCAGUCUGGCAACACUAGCAACACAUCAAAUAUCGUACCAACGUCAAGCCCUACCACACCACAGGCUCCUCUUCAGCCUGGCUCAGUUCGAAGGAGCUCCCGACUAUUUAGCAACAGCUAUUCCGUUAAGGAAAAUAACAAAAGUCCAAAUAGGAAUAAAUUUGCAGCACCAAAAUCUCCUUCCGGCAAAACAAAGUCUCGUAUCUCUAAGACAAAUCGAAAUAAAACAAACUUCAACGAACUGAAUGAGAGAAAUCGGAGUGAAAAAGAGAAGACUGAGACAAUAACUUCAUCAGACUUAAAGAUCAUUAGUAAUAAUGGUGGCUCAGUGCACAGUGCAAUUCAACAAGCACUACAGAUGCAGAAACAGUCUUCAGAAGGGUUGAUGGCUUUACUUCGAGAACUGGGCACAGCCUACCUCCACUUGUCACAGUUCAAUUGCCGAAAAGCUAUAGACUGCUUGAACAAUCUUCCACCACAUCAUUACAACACAGGCUGGGUCCUGUCCCUGCUUGGCAAAGCUCAUUAUGAGCUAACAGAGUACCAACAGGCUGUCAGAUACUUUAGUGAAGUGCGGGAACGAGAGCCUUACAGGUGCCAGUUGAUGGAGCUGUACAGCACAGCAUUGUGGCACCUGCAGAAAGAAGUGGCAUUGUCUGCCCUGGCACAAGACCUACUUGCACAUGAUCGCCUGUCCCCUGCUGCUUGGUGUGCUACAGGAAAUUGCUUCAGUCUCCAGAAGGAGCAUGAUAGUGCCAUCAAGUUCUUCCAGAGGGCUGUACAGGUGGAUCCUACAUUUGCAUAUGCAUACACACUCUUGGGACAUGAGUAUGUCACUACAGAAGAGUUGGAUAAAGCAAUGAGCUGCUUUAGAAGUGCAGUGAGAAUAGAUUCAAGGCAUUUCAAUGCGUGGUAUGGUAUUGGGACUAUUUAUUCUAAGCAGGAACGAUAUUUAUUGGCUGAAAUACACUUCAAGCGAGCUCUUUCUAUCAACACUCAAAGCUCAGUUCUGCUGUGUCACAUUGGAGUGGUCCAGCAUGCAUUGCAGAAAACAGAAAAGGCAUUGCAGACCCUGAACAUUGCUAUUGCCAAUGACCCAAAGAAUCCGUUAUGCAAGUUCCAUCGCGCAUCUAUAUAUUUUGCAGCAGGCAGACAUGCAGAGGCACUUAAAGAACUGGAAGAACUGAAGGAAAUUGUUCCAAAAGAAUCCUUAGUUUAUUACUUAACAGGAAAAGUGCACAAGAAACUUGGCAACACACACUUGGCCUUAAUGCACUUCAGCUGGGCAACCGAUCUCGACCCCAAAGGGGCCAACAGCCAAAUCAAAGAAGCCAUAGACCCUGCCAUGAGUCGCAGUCAGGCUGAGGAGGACACAUCAACCACUCAUCCAGGUGAAGAUUACCCUAGUGAAGGCAGUUCAGUUCCACAGCAUGAGUCCUCUCAGGAAGGUGCAGAGUUUGUUUCAAUGAGGGAUGAGAGUGACGAAAGUUUGUAAAAUUCAGAAUUAAAUUUCAUAAUGAGAAACUC